AUGGCAUCCACAAAGAUUGCACCUGGUAAAGAGGUUCCUUUGCCCAUGCACUAUAGCUUGCUUGCAGGCGCUAUUGCCGGUGUGACAGAGAUCAUCACAAUGUAUCCUCUUGAUGUCGUCAAGACUAGAUUCCAGAUCCAAGUAGGAAACUCCGAGUACAAGUCAAUUGCCGACUGUUUCAAAAAAAUCAUCAAGAAUGAAGGAGCGGGUGCACUAUAUCGUGGUAUUCUUCCACCAAUUAUGGUCGAAGCUCCCAAACGUGCUAUCAAGUUUGGAGCCAAUGAUGGUUAUCGCCAACUAUUUAUGCAUCAUUUUGGCUGUAAAGAGUCUCAAGGACUUUCUGUGCUGACUGGUGUCUCUGCUGGUAUUACGGAAGCAUUCAUUGUAACAACUCCUGAGCUGAUCAAGAUUCGUAUGCAGGACAAAGGCAAUGCAGGAAAGUACAAGAGCAGUGCCGAUGUGGUUUCCAAGAUCUUAAAAGAAGAAGGAGCUCUUACUUUUGGUCGUGGUCUUGAAGCAUCCAUGUGGCGUCAUGGUACUUGGAAUGGCGGUUACUUUGGUGUCAUUACCUUAAUUCGAUCAAAUCUACCAAAGGCCGAGUCCAAAGAAGGCAUUCUACUCAACAACUUUAUUGCUGGUGCAUUCGGUGGUACGGUCGGAACCAUGAUCAACACUCCUUUUGAUGUUGCAAAGACUCGUAUUCAAAUCCAAAUGACAACACCGCUCAAGUACAACUGGACAUUGCCUGCCAUUGCCACGAUUGCUAAAGAGGAAGGUGUUGGUGCUCUGUACAAGGGAUUCAUGCCCAAGGUGCUGCGUCUUGGUCCUGGUGGUGGUAUUUUGUUGGUGGUUUUUGACUUUGUAUCUGGCUACAUCCGCAAAAACCUAAUGUGAAAUCUUGCUAUCAAAAUGAACACUAUUGAGAGUUGAGCUACAAACU